AAAUACAAACACCAACUGACAACAAAAGAAAGCCUAAAAAAUACGUUGUACGCGUCCAAAAGCACCAGUUCUACUGUUCCGUAAAUAUUGCUUUAUUGCUCAUCUCCACAACUACCAAGCUAAAUCACAAUCGUUGCACCGAGAAUGGCAAAAGCCCCGGCGAAAGAAGAGUACGAGCUGCAGCACUUUAACUUCUCUUUGGAGGAAUUAGUGGCUCAAAAUGCCGAAAUGGUACAGUCCUUGCAGAGCAAACUACUGUCCCGCUUUACCGAAAAGCUGAUCGAGAAGCGUCAAAUCCCGCCGGAACCGGCAGAACGAUUGCGGGCCAGCUGCAACAAAACGGCGCUCGCCAUGUACAGCGACUGCCAGCCCGCACUGGACCGAUUGAACGCCCUGUUCCGACAAACCUUCGCCAUCCCGGACAACGUGCUGCUGCCGACGGAUGUUCUACAGUCGCGCGGCUACACCGAGGAGCUGGUCGGUUCGCUCGAGCAGGAGGUACGGUCGGCCAAGGAUGCCGUAAUGCAGGGGGCGGUGUUUAUCGCCUCGCUCGACGCGGAAAUGGAGCUGCAUCGGGCGCUGGAACCGUGCUACCAGGCGGAAGAGGACGUGGUCGAGCUGCUGAAGGAGCUGCAGGAGGAAGAGAUCGACCCGCAGGAUGUGUUCGAUAUGGUGAAACGGAUGGAAAUCGCCGGCAUCGUGGAGGGUGCGGACAGCCAAGUGGAUAGUUUGGAGUUUUAAUAGAUUUGCAGAGAGAGAGAGAAAGAGCGCAGUUUAGUGUCAACUUGUUUUUUUAUUACAAAAAUAACAGAAACGGAUGCUGCAUUGUGAUUGUGAUUGGCGUUCCCUUAGCAACCCUGCCCAGCAAGUGCAUGUUUUUGUGUGAGUCUUUUUCAUAUGAUUUCGUCCACUGCUCUGUAUGUAAAGCUUCGAGAGACAGAGAGACAGAGACUGAGGUCACAAUGUACGAUUUUCAAAACGAAGAAGAAAAAAAAAGGAGCG